AUGCGCUGGGAAAGUAUCAGUACUUCAGGCCCCCAAAAAGGGGCUGUUGCAAGGCUGGAGGAAGGGUGGGGAUCACUGACUAAGCCACGGACUUCCCCGCAUUCCGCAUCCCUCCCAAACGCGGAGGCGGGCCACACUGCAGAGUUUCAACCCCCUCACUCUCCUCCAAUUCUCCGCGCUUCCUGUGUGUCUCCCCAUCCACGGGUCCCGAUGAAAGAUGGACAGCUCACGAACAGCGGCCGACCGAGUGAGAAAGAAAAGCACGUCGGCAUCCCUGACCUCCUUGUCCGCCAUGAGCGCCUGGUACAUCCGUUGGAGAGUAAUUCAAGCCGCACUGAGAACCGAAUAAAACCUUCCGUGGAGGUUUCGUCAACCCCAGCCCCUAUACUACCUCCUGCUCCAACCCAUGAUAAUCAAGUACUGGAACUACCGGAACCCGUGGGCGUUCAGACCCCCUCUGUGCCUCGUCCAGAUGUCUCCGUUCACCCCUCCCAGAUAGCUGAGCCAACCCAAUUCAACCCCUCAUGGGGAUAUGACCUUAACCUUCUUUCCCAUGCUGCCAGUCAUGUUGCCCUCGAAGGGCAACAGGAAGCGGUCAGCCCCAUCCGCAAACCCUCCGUUGUAGUUGUAGAGAAACCAAUAGCUGAGAACUACAGCGUGGAACCGUCUAUUUUAGACCUUGCGGACCUAGGGGACCCUGUUCAAGAUUUCACAGUUUUCUUAGAAAGUGUAGGUCUAUCCUCUGAUUGGGACUCGGGUACGUUCUCGACGGUGGUUGAACAGGAGUCUAUACUCCCUGGACCAAUCCCCCCGCCCGCUUUUGGUACAAAGCAGUCAAUCAACCCUCCAAGAUACAAUAACGGAGACCUGCUGAGUGAUCAACGGACCUCCACGGAUGAAGCUCCGUCUUUUUCAAAUUUUGGAUCCCGUUUACCUUCUCUCCAACCGGAAUCCCGAGACCCAGAGGAUCGUCUUGGAAUUCCCGAUGAAGCCGCGCAAACUAGACCAGCCUGGGACGUGUCAAAUCAGGAUAGACAACUUUUUAUUGCUAGGCUGGAAGAUUUUGCCAAUGUGCUCCCUAAGUCUUUUGUACCUCCAUCCAGGCAUGCUCUCUCUCGCUUUUUCGCGGGAUACAUUAAUGGACUUAACGAGCAUCUUCCAUUUAUUCAUGUUCCAACACUAUCUGUGGCAAGGUGCCCUCCCGAGCUCAGCCUCGCAUUGGCAGCUGCAGGAUCCCAUUACAGAUUCGAAAAUAAUCGUGGAAUCGAUCUUUUUUACGCCUCGAAAUCAAUCCUUCUUGAACGAAUUCGGCGCCGAGAUGCGCGUCGAGUGCCACAAGUGUCAUGGGGUUUUGGCGGGUCCAACCCUGGUUUACACGCCCCUCGAACUCCGUCUUCGAUCUCGAAUCCCGGUAACAGUCCAUUCCAGCAACCAUAUCUUUCUGCUGUGGAUGGCGACACCUAUCCUGAGGAAGAUUCUGAUGCACAAAUGGAAAUUAUUCGUACUUUUCUCCUUCUCACAGUGUUUGCCUCGUGGGAGAGGCAUCCAGAUUUGCUACGGGAGAUACUUGCGCUUCAAAGCACUCUUGCCAGACUGGUUCGGGACCAUGGCUUAGUAGAGUCUGCCCCAUCGGCAGAAAAUAUCAGCUGGGAAGACUGGGUUCACAAGGAAGCCGAGAGGCGAACGAAACUUAUCGUGUAUUGCUUUUUCAACCUCCACUCCAUUAUGUAUAAUAUACCUCCUUUGAUUCUUAAUUCAGAACUGAAGCUCAACAUGCCAGCCCCUGCUGAAGAAUGGAAAGCUCCCAACGCUGCUCAGUGGCGUCGCCUCCACCGCUCCCGUCUCGGAGGGGACAUGUCAUUUCAGGAAGCAUUGAUGAAACUUUUUAUCAAAGCACCACAAAAUAACGCUCCUAACUCCAUAUCUCCAUUGGGAAAUUAUGUUUUAAUCCAUGCAAUAAUACAGCAGAUUUUUUUCGCUCGACAGUUAUGCCUCUCAUCUCCCCUGAUGCCUGGCACUAGUCUGCGGCCUGAAGACUUGUCAGUAUUGGACUCUUCUCUAAGUGCAUGGAAAACAGGCUGGAGGCGGACUCCCGAAUCUAGUAUCGACCCUCAAAGUCCUGCUGGACCUAUCGCCUUUACGUCAACUGCCCUUCUUGGUUUAGCCUAUAUCAGGCUGCACCUAGAUCUUGGCCCUUGUCGCAAACUUGUAACUCAAGAUCCAUCACAGAUCGCGCGGGCACUCAACGAGUCACCUCCUGUUGUGCGGAGCCCGAGACUGACGAUGGCAUUACUCCACUCCGCCCACGCCCUUUCGAUCCCAGUGCGCCUAGGGAUAGACUUUGUUGCAAAGACUCACUCGUUUUUCUGGAGUAUACAACACUCGAUUUGCAGUCUCGAAUGUGCUUUUCUUCUCAGCAGAUGGCUACUUGCAAUCCCAGCCACCCAGACUGAACAAAGGUUAUCUGACCACGAAAGAAAAUUACUGUUGUGGGUAAAGAGUAUGAUGGAGGAGACGGAUAUGGUGUUCAAUGUGGCCAACAUUGGCGAUAUCGAUUUCAUAAAUGACUCUCUCAAGGUGAAGCAGCUCAGUGUUGCUGUUGUUCGUGUAUGGUCAAGGACAUUCAAAGGAAAUACCAGCUGGCCUAUAGUGGACCUCAUUGGAUCAAGUUUGGAGAUAUACGCUGACUUUCUGGAGAUGUAG